UAAUAAUAAUAAUAAUAAUAGUAAUUUUCACUCCAAGGGUGAUAGGGCUUGCUUCGCUUAUCACAUCAUCCAUAACAUAAGUUCUAAUGCUUUGCCCUCCCCCACAGGAUAAAUCUGAAACAACGCCACUGAUCUUAAUGCAUUUCAAAGUUGUAACGAAGAUGAAAUGUCGUGAAUGGAUGCCAGUGCAGAAAAUUUUAUAAUUUUGUCUGUGUGUCCACUUCCUAUCUGUAGGCAUAGAUGCCACAAACGUCUUUUCUCAAUUUAGUGUGCAAGAGUUUCGGAAAUUGACGAAGAAUGGCAUCCGUUCUGUCGCUCCUUCGGGCUGGAGGGAAGUUCCUUCGACAUGCGUCAUGGAGGUACUCCAGCAAUGACGUCACUGCUUUUGUGGAAAACAGGACCAUGAAGAUAUACAAUGGAGAGAAGGCUCCUCCUGGCCUCUUUAGCUCGGCAGAGAUCGAAGGACGGAUUACAAAACUGAGAAAUUAUAUGCAACAAGAAGGACUCGCUGCUUGUCUCCUCACCUCUAUUCAUAACGUCUGUUAUUACACAGGUGGAUUUAUUUAUUGUGCUUUCGGAAGGCCUUAUGGUCUGUUGGUCACGCCAGAAAAACACGUCUCCAUCUCGGCUCUCAUUGAUUAUGGCCAGCCUUGGAGAAGGUCCCUUCAUGACAACAUCAUCUUCACCGACUGGAAGCGAGAUAACUACUACAGAGCCGUAGUCGAAGAGCUCGGUGACACUCGAGGAGCAAUUGGCAUCGAGUUCGACCACAUGGACCUCCAGCGCUUCAAGAAGCUCAAGGACCACUUGCCUCACAGCAAUGAGCUCAGAGACAUUUGCGAAGCCACCAUGAGGAUGAGAAUGAAGAAGAGUAAUGAAGAAAUUGCAGCGAUAAAGAACAGCGCAGCCACAGCUGACAUCGGUGCCAGGGCAUGUGUCGAAGCGUUGGGCGAAAACGUUCCAGAGUACGAAGUGGCAUUGGCUGGUACUCAAGCAAUGGUCAGAAACAUCGCAAAACUCUACCCAGACAGUGAACUUAUGGACACAUGGGUGUGGUUGCAGUCAGCCAUAAACACAGAUGGUGCCCACAAUCCUGUGACCACCCGCAAGAUUCAAAAGGGGGACAUCCUUUCUCUAAGCUGUUUUUCGAUGCCCCAGGGAUACUACACGUCAGUAGAAAGAACAAUGUUCUUGGAUCACUGUAGCGACGCACACCUUAAGAUUUGGGAAGCUAAUGUUGCAGUGCACAAAAGAGGGCUUCAGCUUAUUAAACCUGGGGUCAAGUGCAGCGAGAUUGCACGAGAACUCAACGAACUAUACGCCCAGUUUAAUCUGCUGAAGUAUAGAACUUUUGGCUAUGGGCAUUCCUUUGGGGUACUCUGUCAUUACUAUGGACGUGAAGCAGAACUGGAGCUUCGCGAGGACAUUGAAACCGUGCUGGAACCAGGUAUGGUCGUAUCCAUGGAGCCCAUGGUAACCAUUCCAGAGGGUCAGCCUGGUGCCGGAGGUUACAGAGAGCUUAAUAUCUUGGUUAUUAAUGACGAUGGAUCAGUGGACGACAUUACUGGCUUCCCAUUCGGUCCUGAGCAUAAUAUUAUCAAGAAGUAAAUCUUUAUUCUCUUACUUAUCCUAUUCAGACUUCAACAGAAACUGAAAACUGUGACACAGAAAAUAAUAAAUUUCAUAAUAACCGUACUUUGAAUAAAUGAUCUUCAUUAAAUUAUAUCUCGUAUAGUCUCACAAACGUAAAUAUCUAAAAGCAAAAUGUAUGUCUGAUAAACUGAUUGAUAAAAUCAUUUUAAUUAAACCCACAAUGAUAUUCAAGUUGAAAUAAAGAAAGAGCAAAGCUUA